UUUUCACUUCAAGUGUCGAAAGAUCUCAUCCAUUUAGUUUGUAGAAUAGUGAAUCAUUUACAAAAUCACAACACAAGCGUUGUUUUUUCAAAAUCUCCAAACAAAGACACAAUUAUGUAAAUUACUACGGUUUGGAUUCGCAGCUAGAUCAAUCAAUCUAACGUAAAUUUAAAACAAUUCAGUGAUGAUAGCCUACAACGUAUUAUUAUUUAGUAUUCAAUUUGAUCCAGUAGUGUUUCUGUCAGAUCACUACCUGACUUUGAUAUUGCAACAUAAAAUUUUUAUUGACGUGCGAAAAAAUACUCAACUGUGAAUUACUUUUUCCUGACAAAGUAUUUGAAUAGCGGUUUUUGUUUUUCGAAAAGUGUUUUUUUUUUCUUUUUCAAGAAUCAAAAUGAGUGGUUUUUCAGUAAACGCUGUUACAAUUCUUCAAGACUUGAAACAGAAGACUAAUCCGUUGAGAACUGAAUCAGUUAUUGGAAUGGUAUCUGGAAGCUUUGAUACUACUACUGGAGUCUUAGAUUGUGGGUAUAUCUGCAAUGGUUAUGUGCUUUGCAGUAGAUUUGGAAGGUUUGCCAAGCCUCGACUGUUUUUCAUCAUCUUCAUUCUACUGGGUGUUGUCCAUGGUGCAGUCGAGACUAUUCUGACGAAGACAAUUCUCUCCAGUGACCCAGUCAUUCCAUACAGAAUCACAAAAUGGAUAGUUGUUGGGAGUGAAGUAUUGCAGGUUGUUUGUGCCCUGCCGAUAGUGUUUUGGGGAUCGCGCAAGAGGCGGCCACAAUGGCUGGCUGCCUGCACGGGAGCACUUGCUGCAGCUGGCUUCCUGUUCGCUUCCUAUCUAUUGAGUGAAUACAGUGCCGACUCAAAACGCAGCCAAUACCGGACUCAGAAAGAUACGUUACUUUGUAAUAUUUGGCUCGACAAUAUAAUCCUAAAAAAAUGGAGCUGGUACUGGUUGACAGUUCUUGCAUUGUUUCUACUUCAUUUUGCGACCGGUAUCAGCAGGAUUGCCUACUGGUCUCUUGGUAUUGCAUAUGUAGAUGACAAUUCUCUGCCUCGGAGUAGUCCUUUUGCUAUUGGCUUCAUAUUGGCUAUUAAACAGUUUGGUGCAUUCACAGGACUUUUUAUUUCAUACUUCAGUACAACUAAUUUCUACAAUGGCUUUUGCUGGCUUGGCGUUUCCAUUGUUGUUCUGAUAGUUGCGUUUCUGAUUGGAAUGUUCCCAACAAAAAUGAUUGACAAUGAAUUUAGGAACGCCAGCUAUUCCGAUGAAGAUACAGGGUACUUUGCUUCACUAAAAAGAAUCUUCACUAACAAAGUAAUCAUCCUAAAUGGAUCAGCUAUGAUUCUGGUUUUGACAGUCGUAGUGAAUGCUUCAGCGAUAGAAGAUGAAUAUAUAGAAUCAGUUUUCUACGUUCCAUCAUCGUAUUACUCACUUUUCAAUUCAAUAUUAUCGUGGAGAUAUCUAUUCAGUAUUCUAAAGCCAUCAGUUGCAGCAUUUGCCAUGUUGAUCUCUGGAUGGUUGAUCCAUCGGAUUCGCCCGCGGUCGACCAUUCUGUGCAUCUGGAGUGUGAUGUGUUUGUGUGUGGCCGCCGCAUCUAUGUUUUCUCUCAUCUUUUUGAGGUGCUCGGGAACUCCUAUUCAUCAUGAAGAUUCCAGGAAGGACCUAUUAGAAUACUGCAACAAAGACUGCGACUGCAAUCAAGUGCCUUUCACUCCGGUGUGCAGUGAAUAUGAUCAAUUUGUUUUCUACUCGCCCUGUCAUGCUGGCUGCUCCUCGUCACAAGGCACUGGCCAACAUAGGGUUUUCUUGGACUGCCAAUGCGUAUCUUCUCACUCAGUCCGAGGAGGUCACUGCACCAGAGGCAAAUGCAGCAUCUUCUACUAUAUUUAUCAGAUUAUGACAUUGAUAAUCACAGCCGCUAUCUCAAGUGGCUUCAUUGGCUGUCUUGUGGUUUGCCUAAGAGGCGUAUUACCAACAGAUAAGUCAUCUGCGAUUGGUGUGAUAGCAAUUAUUUCUGGAUUUGCUGCAAGAGCUCCUUUCAAGUUUCUAUAUGACUUUGUUACAAAUUUCGGAUGUAUUUACUUGGUUGGAGAUUUAUGCAAAAUGUAUAAUUCUGAAAAACUUACAACCUAUUUUCAUCUUCUGAAUAUUUGUCUUCUUCUGAUAGCAGCUGGCAUUCUAUCACUGAUGUGCUUUUUGGUAGAGGACAUUGCCUUGUACGAGAGUGUCAUUACAAGAGCGUCUCGUAACAAGCAGAACGUAAGUGAACCAGAUGCAGAUGGUAGAGAAAUGACAGAUUUCAGGUCGCAACUGAAUCAAGCGCUUAAAAAUCGUAGGGAGGUCGCAGCUGAAGAACAGCAACUUCUCGGUGAAAGAAGGAGCUCCAUGAGUUCCAAACAGUUCAGCGAAAACGAUCCAGCUCCGGCCAACGAUCAGCCUCCCCAACAGCUACAGCAACACCAAAGAGCUUCGCAAGGCGUUGAAAACGGCAGAAACAGCUUCAUUCUCAACGAUGAAACGCCUAAUAGUUUGGACAAGUUACGUCCAUCGACAAGCAAUCAAUCCUCAAAUAAUAGAGACUCUAGGCCAAAAGUUCUGCCAAAGCCAAUUAUAUUGUCUAAGCCAUCUACUUCGACAUUCAAAGCACAAAACCUGCCUUCGACCUCAUCCAAUGGUCUGUCGCCGUCACCAACUCCUCAUCCAACUGACGUAAAGCCAGAGCGCUGUCUCACUACACCUCUUUAGCAAACAAAUACCAUACUUCGAAAGGAAUAUAAUAAAGUUAUAAAUAACUUUGAAGAAUUCCAUUCCAACUAUUAAAGAUCUUACAUAUAUUGAGAAAUAUUUCUUAAUACAGCCUGUAUUGCAAUCAAGUUUUCAUAAUUCUAAAUUCAGUCUGAAAUUAAUUACUCUAAGACGAAGCUCCUAUCUAGUCUACAAGUAUGUCAUACUAUGAAAACGUAUACGGUAAUCAUAACUUACUUGAAAUUUCAAUUAUUAAUCAUGAAUAUCUGUGGUGUUUGACAAUGGUACUUAUAUUACAUCGCCAGAAAUGGUUUAUAGUAGCAAAAAGUUUCAAUUUAUUUCAUUUAUAAAAAGUUUAAAUAGCAAAAGUUUUGUAAUGUUCAACAAGAAAUUUAUAAUCAAAGUAACUUUGAAGAUUCUUCUUUAAAGAUUGACUAAACGUUGUAUCAUUUCUUCUAAAGUGAGUGGAACCAACUAAGUUAAUGGAGUGUAUGAGCGAAUGUCUAAUACUGAUGAUACCCGUGUAAUGUAGAGUAUUAUGUAGAUUUUGACUAAUAAGAUGUCAUUUUGCAGUAUGAAAAUUGAAUGAAGUGAUUGAAUGAAUGAAUUUUGUACGAGAAUUGUAAAAUUAUAUUUUAUGAGAAUAAAACAAUUUCAUAAAUGUGAAUUAUGAAUAGUAGUCAAACCAGUGUGUCAUUAUAUUAUUCUAAUAAAAAUGUUUGUCACAUUUGAAA